GAAUUCCAUUAGACAGUUUACUGUAACGCGCUGAUGAAUUGUGCAAGGUGUCUCUUACGCGAGCAACUCGGCAUUCAUGCAUGUAUCAUCCCAAGAGUUGAGAGAGGGGAUCAGCGCUGCUGCUCAAUCUUCAUGAUAAUCGCAAGGCUCAUUUGCCGCCGAUUCAGCACCUACACGGUGAACCAAAAAUCAGAGCAAAUAACCAAUAGACGCAUCUCCCUCAACCCCAUCAAAGAGCUUCACGCCCACCUCAUCCGAGCCCGACUUUACACUGACCCGUCUUCUAUAUCUGAGGUUAUCAAAUUCUAUACACUAUCUCAACCAACUCUACCCAAAGCCCACUUCGUUUUCGACCAAAUUGAGCGUCCCACAUUGACAAUCUGGAACCAUAUGAUCCGUGGUUUGUCACUGAGUGACCAACCUAGUGAAGCGAUUUGUUUCUACCACCGUAUGUACCAGCAAGGACAAGCGGGGAACCAUUUAACUCUAAUAUUUGUCUGCAAGGCUUGUGCUAGGGUCCCUGAUAUUGUACUGGGCCAGAAGGUUCAUGUUCAUGCUUGGAAACUUGGGUUUGAAUCGCAUGUUUUUGUUUCCAAUGCUUUAAUUCACAUGUAUGCCGCUUGUGGCGAGUUGGGUUUUGCAAGGAGGGCUUUUGAUAAAAUGGGCGAAAGAGAUUUGGUUUCUUGGAACUCUUUGAUAUGUGGGUAUAGUCAGUGCAAUAAUUUUAAGGAAGUUUUGGAUCUUUUUAAAGCAAUGCUGGCGGCAAACGUGAAGGCCGAUUCAGUAACAAUGGUGAAAAUUAUUUUAGCAUGUAGUUUUUUGGGUGAGUGGGAAACUGCAGACUCAAUGGUUAAGUAUAUUGAGGAUAAUCAGGUUGCGGUUGAUGUUUACCUGGGGACUACCAUGAUAGAUAUGUAUGGACGGCGGGGUUUAGCGGAUCUGGCACGGGGAGUAUUUGAUAGGAUGCAUGAGAGGAGUAUAGUUUCUUGGAAUGCCAUGAUAACGGGGUAUGCGAAAGCCGGGAACGUAGUUGCUGCGCAGAAGCUUUUUGAUGAGAUGCCCAAAAAGGAUGUGAUCUCUUGGACUUCUAUGAUCACUGGUUACUCUCAAGCUAACCAGUUUGCUGAGGCGGUGAGGCUGUUUAAAGAAAUGAUGGCAGCAGAGGUGAAACCCGAUGAAAUAACAGUAGCUAGCGUGCUUUCUGCUUGUGCCCACCUAGGAUCGCUUGAUGUUGGCAAGGCAGUUCAUGACUACAUACGUAAGCAUGGUAUAAAAGCAGAUGUUUAUGUGGGGAACUCGUUGAUAGAUAUGUAUUGCAAAUGCGGGGUGGUUGAGAAGGCACUAGAGGUAUUCCGAGAGAUGAAAACAAAGGACUCUGUCUCAUGGACUUCAGUAAUUUCAGGCCUUGCGGUGAAUGGUUUUGCAGAUUCUGCACUUGAGCUCUUCUCACAAAUGUUAAGAGAAUGUGUUCGGCCAACUCAUGGAGCCUUUGUUGGGAUUUUACUAGCUUGUGCUCAUGCUGGAUUGGUGGAUAAAGGCUUGUACUAUUUUCGAAGUAUGGAAAAAGUUCACGGGUUAAUUCCAGAAAUGAAACAUUAUGGUUGCGUAGUGGAUCUCUUGAGCCGCUCUGGCAAUCUGGACAGGGCAUAUGUAUUCAUAAAGAGAAUGCCUUUAGUUCCUGAUGUUGUGGUAUGGAGGAUAUUCUUAAGUGCUUGUAAACUGCAUGGAAAUGUGGUCCUAGCUGAGAUUGCUAAAAACAAGCUUCUGGAAUUAGAUCCGUAUAAUGGUGGGAAUUACGUUCUUUCUUCACAUACUUAUGCUGGUUCAGAUAGAUGGGACGAUGCAAUAAAAAUGAGAGAGUUAAUGGAGGAUAGCAAUGUGCAGAAGCCUUUUGGUUGUAGUUCCAUUGAAGUUAAUAGCACAACAUUGUGUAACUCUCAAUCCCUGCCUUAUCCAAUCUUAAAGGAGGAAUCCAUCAAGCAAGACAUGUAAAACUUGGUACUCUGACAGAACAAUUCACGUUUUGGUAAAACGGAAUGAAUAUGAGUACUAUUUGAAGGUAUGAACCUUACCCUCUUAUCAAUCUGGUUGGUAUCGGAACCAGGAUGUUCUACUCUUUAUUAGCUUGUAAGCUGCGAUGCCAUGUUGGUAUUGAAAAUGAUUUUGGCGAAGGAACCAAUGGAGUUCAGUAUUUUGGGUUCUGAUAGGACAAAUUCUGCUAGAGGUGCCCAUCACAAACUAGUCCUAUGAUCGGUCAUAGCUUUGAUGAUGUUGGGAAGGCUUGAUGGGGUUCCAGUAUUUGAUAAUGUGUCGGAGGCAAAUUCUUUAAGUGUGCUGUCUCUCGCCCCUCGGUAAUAAGUAAUAUUUAGGGACAAAAUUCGACCUAGGCAAGCUGUGAAAAAAUGGAGCCUUGGUGAUAAGAGGAACUAGGCUAGGUAGGAGUGCUCCUGGAGAUGCAAGACCUCACGCUGGACCUCUGCCUCAAAAUUUUACCAGCUACACUUCCAGACACAAAAUCUCCAUUCUAUUGUAUUUUUAUUGAAGAGUAUUUUUUAUCUUUUUUUGAUAAAAAAAAGGUUGAAUAAGAAACGGUAUUUUUAUUGAAGAGUAUUUGGGAGAACCUUUUUCACAUGAAGAUUGCUACACUUCUUAUCUAGCCGCUGAUUGCUACAAAUUGCUUAGUAAUCUCAUGUAAAUAGUUAAGGGUUGAGAUCAUUGUUUCUUGUGGAUACUUAAGAAGGCUUAUUUCCUGUGUUUUUAAAAGUAGGGAAAGAAAUAGUAAAGAAAACAGAGAAUUCUUCAUUGCA